CGGACUAUCAACGCUUUGGGGCGGGGGGGGUGUUCUUUUUUGGAUGCUCCUUUCGCAUGGCGGAGUAGGAGGAGGGGCCCGCGCCAUCGAUGGACCAAAGGGUGCCCAUCCCGCAUCCGCCACUGCAUCAGGCUGCUGCGAUGGGAAACAACGCCGCCAUCGCUGCCCUGAUUGGAGGUGGCUGUGCAUUGGACCUUCAAAACCGAGACGGAAACACGGCGCUGCACGAGGCGUCGUGGCACGGUUUCUUCCAGUGUGUCCAGCUGCUGGUGAAGGCUGGAGCGGACGUGAACAUCAGGAACAAGGCGGGACACACAGCUCUUCACCUGGCCAGCCAGAACGCUCACGCCCACACCGCUCGCCUUCUGCUUCGUGGCGGCGCCCGACCGGACAUCGCCAACAACGUGGGUGAUACUUGUUUACAUGUGGCCGCCCGCUACAACAACGCCACACUGGUGAAAAUCCUGCUCGGCUCGCUGCGCUCGGCCGACCAGAGAAACCAGAAAGGUGACACGGCUCUACACGUGGCCGCUGCUCUCAACCACAAGAAGACGGUCCGACUCUUAUUGGAAUCCGGUUCAGCUGGAAACAUCACCAACAAUGAGGGUAAGACAGCGUUGGACAAGGCCAGAGACAACAACCACAAGCAUGUCACACGUCUGCUGGCCAGGGAUCCUCAGGUACAUUGGUACUUACGAGGGAGAACCAUAAGGAAAAUAAAACUUCUCACAGCAAAGCAUGGGACCACACCUCUCACCGGAAAAGUAGCAUCUCACGCAAAGGGAAGCUCUUCACUGGUGGGGGAAACGUCCAGUAGUGAUGCAAGUAUGGGUCAGAUGCAAAACCAUGUCACACCAGCUGCCGUCAUCAGACCCAAAAAAGGCGAGGAGCAGGCUUUCCACGUCAGGAAAACUUUAUGGACAAACUACAGGAAACCGUACAAGCAUGGAAUCAUUCCACAGACACCAAGCAGAGGCUGCCGCUGCAGAGCCCUGAUUGACAAGCUAGAGGAGCAACUAAAAGCCACGCAGGAAGAGAUGAGUCUCCAAACAUUGAGGAUGCAGGAGAUCAACAACGUGUUGUGUCGGAUGGACCUCAGGAACAAACAGCAGAUUUUACCCCACAAAAUGCAUCUCGCUUCUGUCAAGGAGGCAGCACCGAGGGACGAAUUGAGGAGACGUGUGGCCCAGAAUCAAGUCCAAAACCAUGGCUACAAACUGCUCCGCUCGCCCCGUGCCGAGUCUGACACGGAGCUGGAAUCCACCCCUUUGCUGUCUGUGGUGUCGGCACAUAGCAGCACUUCACUGGCCACUUACGUCAACAUCCUUCCAUCCAAAGCCACGCGCAGUCUGACAGCAGUCAAACAGGAUGAGUACUUUGAAAUGAAGGUGAACAGGCCGCCAGGUGACUAUGAGAACAUCUUCUGGCUGCCUGGCCACCAUGAUUUAGGAUUCCCGACGGGUUCUGAUGGCCCCUGCUGCCAAAGUCCAGGAGUGCAGGACAUUCGCCAGUCGGAUCGUGCACAGAUCCAAGCGGACUGUACCAGAACACUGGAGUUCAUCAUUCAGCCUCCACUGGAGCUGGAGUCCACGUUCACGCAGGAGAGAGACACUCUUCAUGCGGUGGAGGUGACGCAGCGUUUCUUUGAGACGGUGUCUGUUCAGCUGGAGCGCUGGUAUGAGAGGAAAGUCCUGGAGGUGGAGGAGCAGACCGAGCUGCGACUGCAGCAGGACAUACAGGAGCUGCUGCACCACAUCGGCACGCUGGAGGAGGAGCUGCGGAGAAUGAAAAUAGAUGAGAAAGCAGAAAAAACAUAGAAAAUUGGGACUUUGUUGCUGGGGUCUGGGCUUAGGUUUAGGAUUAGACUGACCCGAGUUGGGAUAAGUGGAAGAAGAUUGAUGGCUGGAUGGAUGGACAAAGACCUCACCCAUGUUAUGGCGCACCCUCAACUGGUAUACUUCCAGUUGGUUUCAUUUCUCCCUAUAGGUCAGGGGUCUCAAACAUGCGGCCCGUGGGCCAAAUGUGGCCCGCAGGACACUAGUUUGAGGCCCCCGCCUUGAUAUGAAAGUUUAAUGUUUGAUACGGAUUCUGUAUGGUAUCAUGUACCCAGAAAAAAUUAUUACGUUUGAUUUAAUGUUCAUGUUAAAGGUUAAAUAACUGUUAAUAGUUAUCCUCCCUAUCCGUGUGGAAGUGGUAAGUUUUUGGCUAUUUAAGUUGAAAGGAAAUAACUUGAAGGCUACCGUUUAGGUCGCUAGCUCUCUAGUUUGCGAGUUAGCAUGUGUCUCAAGACCCUGCAGUUGCGCAAU